AUGAAUCAAGGCAUCUUGGCCCUGGUCAGCUCCAUUGGCUGCACAUCGGCAGGUUCCCUCCAGUCUCUGGCAGAUGCCAUGCAUAUCCCCCACCUCUUCAUACAGCGCUCAACAGCUGGGACCCCGAGGAGUGGCUGUGGACUCACCCGGAGCAACAGGAAUGAUGACUACACUCUCUCUGUUCGCCCACCUGUCUACUUAAAUGACGUUAUCCUGAGAGUGGUCACAGAAUAUGCCUGGCAGAAAUUCAUCAUAUUCUAUGAUAGUGAAUACGAUAUCCGUGGAAUACAGGAGUUUUUGGACAAAGUAUCUCAGCAGGGAAUGGAUGUUGCACUGCAGAAGGUAGAAAACAACAUCAAUAAAAUGAUCACCACUCUCUUUGACACCUUGAGAAUAGAAGAAUUGAAUCGCUAUCGAGACACUCUUAGGCGAGCCAUCCUUGUUAUGAAUCCUGCUACUGCCAAAUCCUUCAUUACUGAGGCACUAGCAUUAACUCUAGUAACAAAUGAGGAAACUGAGGCUUAUGGGGUUGGUAAGUUGCUCAAAGUCACAUUGGAAGCAAAUGGAGGCAUUGACUCUUUUACUUUAGAGCUCAUGCUCGAAAUAAAUGAUGUGGAUGUUCAGGAACUUGUAAGAAGGUCAAUUGGAAGGUUAACAAUCAUUCGGCAGACAUUUCCAGUCCCCCAGAAUAUAAGUCAGCGAUGUUUCCGUGGCAACCAUCGGAUAUCUUCAACAUUGUGUGAUCCAAAGGAUCCAUUUGCUCAGAAUAUGGAGGAACAUAAAAAAAAAGAAAGAGAAGGAAAGAAGAAAAAUGCUGAGAUGAUGAACAGCCUAGAAAUUAUACAAGAUAAUGAACAAUUGAAGGAAAGAGAAUGUUUCAGGGCAAGUGAUGGAUGUUAUCAAAUAUCAGAAGGUUGUCAGAUAGAGAAGAUUUCAAACCUUUACAUAUAUGACACGGUGCUUCUGCUUGCUAAUGCUUUUCAUAAGAAACUGGAGGACCGAAAAUGGCACAGCAUGGCAAGUGACGAUAUCAGGUCAUAUCUUUCUCUGAGACGUAGAGGUGAGGAUUCAACCUCUACAGAAGAGAUGCAACUGACACCAACCUGGCCUAGAGCUGACCUGCAGAACCCUGACAUGCAGGACACAGUAUUUUCCAGCUCUCAUCUGAUGCAUUCUUCAAUUCUUCAUCUUAGUUUUAAUGCUAAUUCACCACUCACAUGUGGCACUUCCAGCUCUUGGGAAGAGGGAACCUUAAGCUGUGAUGUUAGUGGCACAUCGAGGCAGAGACCUGAUGUGGGGAUCUACAUGAAAAUGUUUGUAGGUGAAUUUGCAGGAUGAGCCAGCAACAGAGAUACAGUGGCUGGUGAGCAGUCUCUAGCAAAACUUGUGAUUUGAGCAACAUACAUAAAUAUGGCAAUGUGCAAAGAAAAUUUAAGGGGAUUUCUUCAACAUUUUAUUGACUGUCUGGAUAAAGAAGAAAAUGUUGCCAUAGACAUUGCUGGGCCUUUGUGCAUGCAUUUAAACUGUGAACAAAUGAAAUCAUGCAAAAAUCUAUACAGACAGCCCAUCUGCCUCAACUUUAGCAUGGCUAUCAAUGAGAUCUUCUUUGACAGUUACCUGACUCAAUCUUAGAACAUCAGAUUUAAUGUGUGGAAGACUAAUUACAUGAGAAACCUGAACUUGAAGAUUAACCAGUCUAUCACCAUGAGUGGCAUGUUGAUUAGGAUGUCCCAGCUGCUUCCGAUGCAGAAGUCCUUCUUGCAAUGCCAGGUGUGCACCCCCCCCUCCACUGCCUUGGUGGAGAUGGACCAUGGCUUAAUCACUGAGCCCCAUGUGGGUGAGUGCUCACCCAUAACCACACUCUCCUGAGUGUUCUCAGGAAAGCAGAUGAUCAAACUUCAAGAGUCUCCUGAAAAUAUGCCUGCAAGGCAAAUGCCUCACACUGCCAUCCUUUUUGCUCACAAUGAACUUGUUGGCAAGGUUCAACCUGGGGACAAAGUAAACAUUACAGACAUCUAUCUGUAAUGUUACUUACUGAGUCAAUUAAGAGUGAGUAAUGUGAAGUCUGUCUACAAAAUCCACAUUGAUGACAUUUAUUAUCAGAAAAUUGAUGCAGAGCAUUUGCAUAAAGAAGUAGAUGAAGAUAUAGAACAGAAACUUUUUCAGAGAAGCAUGUGGAAUUGCACAAAGAACUUUACAAAAAAAGAAGGCAUUCAUGAGAUCCUUGAUUCAGCCUCAGCUCCAAGCUUGUAAGAACAUGAGGAUUUAAAAAGGGGAAUCUUGCUUCAGCUUUUCCUUGGAAAAAGGAAAGAUUUUAGUCACAUGGGAAGGGUCAGACUUUGUGCUGAGAACAACAUCCUGAUGUGUGGUGACCCAAAGACUAGUAAGUUCCAGCUUCUGCAUGUGUACAACCCCGUCUCCUAGGACCAACUAACAGUAUAUAAGGCAAGUGGGCCUGAAACUGGUACCUUUGUCCUGAGUGACAGUAGCAUCUGCUGUAUUGAUAAGUUUGUGAAGAUAAAUGAAAAUACAAGAUCAGCAUUGCACAAAGUCAGGAUGACUGACUGUAUUGCAAAAGCUGGGAUUAUUGGUCAGCUCAAUGUAUGCACCCUUAUCCUGGCAGCAGCAAAUUCUAUGGAGUCUCAGUGGAAUUCUAAAAAAACAACCAUUGGUGAUAUACAGCUACCUCACGUAUUUUUAUCAAGGUUUGAUUCGAUAUUCCUCAUCCUGGACCCGCAGGAUGAAGCCUAUGACAAGGAUCUGAUUCACCACCGUGUGGCUCUGUACUACCAGAGCAAGGAGCAAGUGGAGAAGAGGUUCACAAACAUGGCGGCACUGAAGAAUUACAUUGCUUAUGCUCACAGAACCGUCGUGUCUUGGCUGAGCCAGGAAGCCAGUCAGGCUCUCAUCCAGGCUUAUGUAGACUUGAGGAGGAUGCAGAAGAUUGGUAGUAGCUGAGGAAUGGUUUCUGUAUACUUUUGAUAGCUGGACUCAUGAGUUCACUUAGCAGAACCCUGGACUGGCACUGUGGACAUAUCUCUUCUUACUACAGAAAUGAGUGCCAUCUCUCCGAAAUGGAAAGAAGAGUUAGCUGAAGCACUGAAAAAACUUAUUUUAUGUAAAACAUCAGCUCUAAAAUACUCACAACUUUUUGAAGAUAUUCAAGGACACUCUGACAUAGCAAUUACCAAAGAUAUGUUUGACAAAGCACUUCGUGCUUUGUCUGAUGAUGACGUCUUGACAGUGACUAGAAAAGCUGUUUGCUUGCUCUGA